CGAUAAUGGUCCUACUUGCUUAAGCAGUAGAUCCAAUGAUGCCCACUCAACAAUGGAAUCGUCUUUUUGUUGCCCUCCCUCAAUCACCUCCUUGCUUAAGCUAGCACCUCACGUAGCAGAGGGAGAUAGCUCCACUUGGUUGCGGUGCUGCCGUUAGAAAGUGAAAGAGCAGGCUGGUCCAUUAAUCGCAAGCAGCCUGGUCCAUUAUCGGAAGCUAGCUUCUCCCGUAGGAGGCAGCCCUAUCCCGCUGCUUCCUUGUCUGCUGCCGUUGGAGAGUGCAACGAGGCUUGUCCAUCAUCGGGGGAGUUCUCUUGGCGACGGAAAGCAGGAGCAAACUCUCUUAGCGGCAAGCAAGCUGCUCUCAAUAGUAGGCAGCCCAAACCCCCUGCCGCCUCUGCCAAGCAAGCUGCUCUCAUAGUAGAUAGCCACCGCAGCAGAUGAUUGAUGCGCGGCGAGAGCAAUCGCCCGCUUCUCCGCUAAAAUUGACACGAGACUGCAAAAUCCCUCGUCCAAGCUGCUUUCAGUGAAGUAAGGGUUUUGCUCUUUGGGCUGAGGCCGAGUAGACCUUAGGGUUUAUUAUUAUUAUUUUUUUAAAUAAUAAUAACAAUUAUGUUCUUAUUAUUAUUAUUAUUAUUAUUAUUAUUAUUAUUAUUAUUAUUCCUAGCACGCGAUUGUAAUCCUUAGUACGUAAUCGUUACUCAAACCGUUCACGUAUUAUGGUCGAACCUUAACACAAAGGUCGGGGUGUAACACUGCCCCCCAUUGUAGAACCAUGCACAAUACUCCCAGGGUCACCACGGCGAAGCUCACUGCAGCUAGCCCGAAGCCCAAGCACGGCUCCAAUCCUCCCUCUCCUCGAUCUCCUCUUAGUUUAUCUCUCUUCAAGGACAACUUCAAGUUCAGAGUAAGCCCCUUCAUUUUUCUCCUUUUCAUUUGGGUGAAAUUCUUGCAACCAGGAUAUGGAAUUGAGGAGAAGAGGGUUGUAUGGUGGAAUCUCCAUCGCUAUCCACAAGAAUCUCCAUCCUGACGCCGCCAACAACAAUGUCAAGCCUAAAAUUUGAGGAGAAGAGGGUUGUAGUGGUGGAAUCUUCGCCCACAACCGUAAGGAAGGAGUCGACGCCACCGCUUCAGCAACAACCAUUAACGCCUAAACUAUCCGACUUGAGGUCUUACGAUGACGAAGAGCCGCAAUGGGGGAAUCAAUCUAGGGUUUCGUCCACUGCUGUCGGCGCUCGAUGUUGGAAGCUGACGACGGCUCGCGACGAAUGUUGAUUUGAGGGUUUCCUUGUUUGCUGCGAUGGAGGAAACUAACAGCGGCGCCUGACGAAGAAGAAGAAAACAAUGCGUCUUCGAAGGAGGAUCCGGGACAAGGUGGUAUCGUGGAGCUCUUCAUCUUUCCCUGGAGUUCAAUCGAAAAUGGUUGAACCUAGAGGAAGGAGCAGAGCUUCGCGAGGAAGAAGAAAGGUUUUUGGUCUGAAAAAGGCCACUAACCAAUUAAAUUUUCCAGUUUUG